AUGACGUUCAGCCGCCGUGUUCGCAGCCUCUGCGCCCUUGCAGCGCUGUUUGUCGCUACUAUCCUCCCCCAAACCGAUGCGUGGCUCCCCCCGAUCAUCACCAAGGGCAACAAGUUCUUCGACUCGGACAUCGGCCUGGAAUUUAGGCAGAAAGGCAUCGCGUACUACCCCCGGCCUAACGGCGGAGAGCUGGCCGACGUCAGCAACUACGACUGGGCUGCCGACGAGCAUGAAUCGGUGUGGAAGCCGCACCUGGAGAUCAUGAAGGACCUCGGCGUGAACACGAUCCGACUGUACUCGGUGGAUCCGAGCGUAUCGCAUGACAAGUUCAUGUGCGCGUGCUCGGAGGCUGGUAUCUACGUGCUCGUGGGCAUCACUGCACCGUGCGAGGACUGCUCAGUUCAGGACCUGGAGCCGCCCAAGUGCUACCCAGAGCACUUGUUCACUCGAGGCCAAAUGGUCUACAACGCCUUCGCUGUGUACGACAACACACUGGGAUUCAGUGUGGGCAACGAGAACAACCUCCAGGUGAAAUACGGCGCGGACGGAACCACGACCGCUCCCUGCGUCAAGGCCUUCCUGCGUGACAUGCGGAGUUAUGCUGCGAGCUGCUCGGGAGCUGUGCGUCAAGUGCCUCUCGGUCUCGACAUUGCUGACAUUCCGCCGCGCUGGGAGUGGAUCUCCUACUACGAUUGCGCCGUGGACGACGACGAGAACACGCGAGCUGAAUGGAUGGGAUUCAACCCCUACGUCGAGUGUGACCCCGCCACCCACACGAAGUACACUCAAUCCAGCGGUCUGAAGACGCUGAUGGCCGAGUAUGCUGAGGUGAAGUACGCUCGCCCGCUCAUGUUCGGCGAGUUCGGCUGCAACAAGGGCGAGAACACGAUCGACGGCUACGAGAACCAGCGCGAAUUCUACGACGCCAAGUGGAUGAACGAGGAGAAGGACAUGACGCAGGAGAUCGUGGGCGGCAACGUCUUUGAAUUUACGACCGAGUUGACCAACCUGAUCGAUAAGGAUGCGCUAACAAAGACCGCGGACGCUGGCAAGUACGGCAUCGGGUACUUUGAGCCGAACGACUGCGACCACGACAAGAUCCCGUGCGAGUUCACGCCCUACCCGGAGUACGACAACCUCAAGAAGGCGUACACCACCACGGCCAACUCGACCGUCACGCACGACAGCUUCAAGCCGACGCGCUCCAAGAUCCUGUCCUGCCCCAAGACCAUGUCCACGGACCUGCCGCCCACGCCAAACGUGACCAUCCUCGAGUGCACCGCGCUGCAACCCGUGUGCAAAGGCAGCAGCGCCAACUCGUACACGCACACCGACUCGAGCACGUCCGUGGGCGAGAAGCGCACGCCGUCGAACGGCGUGGACGCGCUCACGUCCUCGGGCAGCGGCACGGCCAAGGAAUCCGGCGCGACGACGUCAACGCCCGCCGCUUCGGUCGCAGCCCUAAUGCUUUCAGCCGCCAUCGCCGCUCUACUCAACGUGUAA